UGUUGGAUUCCACCCUCCCGGACCUGUGGGGCUGGGAUAGGAGCAGCAUUUUGGGACUUUGCUCCUCCCCCUUGGCCCUCGGCCCGCCCUCCUGGGAAGGGGGCGGUGAAGUAGGAUCCAAGCUUCACUCGGGGGUUAGGCGCGCCUCCUAACCAGGCACCCCUAAUCCUAAGGCCCCCUUGCUAGCUACGUCUGGAGGGCUGGGCGGGUUUGGGGCCGGUGGGGCGCGGGAUCCACCCGGUCUUCUCGACUAUUUGCAUAGCUGAGACCGCUCGUUUCCCCCGCCCCUUCGCCUCCACUCCUCUUCCCUCCUUCCCGCAUCCCCUCCACGCCUCAUCCCCUGUUCCCCGCUCCUCCCCAGCAGACCCUUCUUCUGGGACUCCCCCGGGGGGGCUCCCAGCUCCCCGGCUCUCCCGCCGCCGCUGAGCGCGGAGUCCGGAGACAUCCGGGGGAGGGGAGUCCUGGGCUGGGCCGGGCUGGGGAAGACGCCGGGGCACAGCCCAGCUCUAACAAAGGGAACUGGCUGCCUGCUGGCUGGGGCGCGGAGCGGGCGGAGCAGCCGCAGCUUCGGCAGCCGAGAACGCAGCGAGUGAGUAGGGCUGCGGAGGGCGGCGGCGUGGCCCGGGCCCCCUGGGAGGAGUGGAGCGAAAGGGCGCAAGACGCGAGUGGAGAGGCGGGGCCCCCGGCUCGCCUAGGGCUUAGAGUGUCCGUGUCCAGCACCCCUCAGCCCCCUUCGCCGCGCGGACCUGCCACCUUUUGGCUGGGGGCAUUUGUGUAUUAAUCUGGGCCGGAGGGCCGUCCUGGCUUCUCCCCAGCUCCACGAGCCCGAAGACCCACAACAAACCCACGUGCGCACGGCCCCAGGGAACCCCGCUCUCUCCAUUGCACCGUCAACAUGGGAGCGGAUGCUUCAGAUCUCGCCUACUAGAUUUACAGAAGGAGAAACUGAGGGCUGCGGCGGGGGUGGGGGCAUAGGCACCACAACAAACGCACGUGCGCCCUGCCCUGGGAUCCCCGCGCACCGCAAACCCUUCGGAACCCGGCCGUUGUCUCAGCUGCUGGGGAGGGUGCGGCGCCGGGGACGCCACUUGCUGGAGGAGGACGACAGACACGUUUAAAAGGCAGAGUAGAGUGAAUUGUGCAGAGACCUGCAGAGAGCAGCCCAGAGAGCAGCAGUGGCGUCUUGGACCACAGCUGAAAUGAAUUGGCCUACUUGAGCCCGCCCAAGCCCUGGGGCCUGUUUGGUUCCUUCCUGGCUGACCGUUGACUGAUGGAGUGGAGCGGAGCCGUCUCAAUUGUGUGGUCAUCAAACGUGUUUUGAGUGCAGACUGCAGGCUGGGUAGAGGUGGAAGAGACCGCAAGGUGCCUGCACCCACUAGAGAGCAAGUGUCACAGAACAAAGUACAGAACCUGGGGCGCUUCGGAGUAUGGAGGUGAGGAAGAUGAGGAGGAACCAGCAUUAGAGAUUAUUGAGGAGGAGCACCCGGGAAGGUGGAGAAAGACCCCCAAACUAUGCCGGUCAAAGAAGGACUGGUUGGCACCCAGGUCAUAGUCGAAGUGUGUGGCCUCCUCGGGCUUCCUCCAGCCAGCCAGCCACGACCCCAGCAGAGUGCGCAGCAUUGAGUGAUGUUCUGUCCAUGGCAUUGUGAAAGGGUUGUGGAUUAUGGAAUCAAGUGCACUUGGAUUUGAAUCUAACGGCCUGCUUUUCUGCUCAGGACAGAGUGGUUUCCUUGAACACAUCUUUCAUUAUGAUUCACACCAGCUUGAAGAAAAAAUUCAGCUGCUGCCUGCUGGUCUUUCUCCUGUUUGCGAUCAUUUGUGUGUGGAAGGAAAAGAAGAAAGGGAGUUACUAUGAAUCCCUUAAAUUGCAAACCAAGGAGCUCCAGGUGCUGAGGAGUCUGGAGAAACUGACUCCAGGGUCUGGCUCCCAGUCUGCAUCCUCCAGCGGCACCCAGAACGCCCAAAGAGGCAGCCAGGCCCUCGGCAGUCCCAGUAGCCCAGCCAAGGCCAAGCCAGAGGCCAGCUUCCAGGUGUGGAACAAGGACAGCUCUUCCAAAAACCUUAUCCCUAGGCUGCAAAAGAUCUGGAAGAAUUACCUGAGCAUGAACAAGUAUAAAGUGUCCUACAAGGGGCCAGGGCCCGGUGUUAAGUACAGUGCUGAGGCCCUGCUUUGCCACCUCCGGGACAACGUGAACGUUUCCAUGGUAGAAGCCACAGAUUUUCCCUUCAAUACCUCUGAAUGGGAGGGUUACCUGCCAAAGGAGAACAUCAGGACCAAGGCCGGGCCGUGGGGCAGGUGUGCUGUCGUCUCAUCAGCGGGAUCUCUCAAGUCCUCCCAACUGGGUCGAGAAAUAGAUGAUCAUGAGGCGGUCCUGAGGUUUAAUGGGGCGCCCACCGCCAACUUCCAACAAGAUGUGGGCACGAAGACCACCAUUCGUCUGAUGAACUCUCAGUUGGUCACCACAGAACAGCGCUUCCUCAAAGACAGUCUGUACGGUGAAGGAAUCCUAAUUGUGUGGGACCCGUCUAUUUACCAUUCAGACAUCCCAAAGUGGUACAAGAAUCCCGACUACCGUUUCUUCGAUAACUUCAAGAGCUAUCGUAAGCUGCAUCCUGAUCAGCCCUUUUACAUCCUGAAGCCCCAGAUGCCUUGGGAGCUGUGGGACAUCAUUCAAGAAAUCUCCCCAGAGGCCAUCCAGCCCAACCCCCCAUCCUCUGGGAUGCUUGGCAUCAUCAUCAUGAUGACGCUGUGUGACCAGGUGGAUGUUUAUGAGUUCCUCCCAUCCAAGCGCAAGACUGACGUGUGCUACUACUACCAGAAGUUCUUUGACAGCGCCUGCACCAUGGGUGCCUACCACCCGCUACUCUUUGAGAAGAACAUGGUGAAGCACCUCAACAGGGGCCCAGACGAGGACAUCUACCUGCUUGGGAAAGCCACGCUGCCAGGCUUCCGGAGCAUUCACUGUGGAGCAUGAGCCUCCUGUUAGCCCCCUCGCCCUUCUCCACUGGGUAUUUUACAGCUGAGUGGUCCCAGUAAUCAGAGCCUGCCUUCUGGGCAGCAAGGGCCCUGGGGCAUCAGGACCCAAGGGCAGAUCUAGCCUACCCUUGUGCUGCAGAGGCGUGUGAGUCCAGCGUCUCCCACUACACACAUGUAUACACGCUUCCUAUUCCUUCCAGAUGGGGUCCUCCCCACCUCCCACACAGAUAAAUGCAAAGUCCACCAUCCCCAUCAGGGUGGCCAAAGCUGGGCUGAUUUCCCCACUGGAGUGCUGUUAUUCUCGCAAACCAGUGCUCUUGUAACGCCUGAGAUCUGCACCUAGAUGCUGAUUUCACGUUUUAAAGAAACUCCCAAAUUAUGAUUGUGCCCAGUGCCUCUGAUGGGGUGGGGGGGGCAAGUAAGUGGCACUGGGCAUGGGAAACAUGCUCAGUUCCUCCAGAACAAAGCUGUUCCAAAGGCCUAUGCCCUGGGAGAGGCAGUGUUCCUCCUGAGCCUCUGUUUCCACAUCUGUAAAAUGGAUGAUGAACCUGCCAUGUGGCUUGGCGGCCCUUGGCCUGGAUGCUUGUGAGCAGAGGGUCUUGAUGAACCCACAACCCUCCCCAUGUGAAAGGAGAGGACAGAAAAUAAGGUAUGGUCCCCACCCUCAAGUUACUCACGGCUCAGUGCAUGUGACAGGUGGGAUGCAGUGUGCUGGGGGCUUGCAGGAGGGGUGGGCUUACUGUACUGCUGCCUCUGCCCCCAGGACAGGUGUAGGUCAUAGAAGGCUUCACAGAGCUGGGGUUGGUGGAGUGGAUUUUAGAAGAGGAAAAACAGAGGCAGAGUUUUAAGAUUAGUUAUUGAAGAUGUGUUUUCCCGUCUUUCUUUGUUACCCAUAUUUAUUCUCUAAGAGCUACCUGAAUUCACAGGCUCAAGCUACUUUGGAAGAAGUGCCCUACUCAUGUCUGAGGCAGCAAGUGCAGCCCUGUGGCAGAUGCCAGGCAAGCCACAUGCCAAAAACUUGAUUUCCCCAGGCACACUUGGCCUAAGCCUAGCCUAUACAUGUACACACCAUGGCCAAUCUUCCUUUUUGAUGGCCAGCCCUAUACCUCGUCCUGCCGUCUGUUUUUAGUCUUCCCCCCUCUCAAAUUACUUUUAAGCAUUUUCCACCUUAAAAUAGCCUCAUCCAAUUUCUUUGAACAUAGUGGACCUUCUUCUGUGAAGUCUCUCAGGGAGUGGGAUGUGGUUCUCUAGGAAUUAAAGUCACUCUCAGAGGUCAGGACCUUGGAGAGCAGAGCUGACCCUCACACCAUGUGUCCCAAAUGGCCAUGCCCUCCAGCCCCUCUGCAAGGGGGCAACACAAGUCUCCAGGCAGAGGCCUGCCCGCUGUUGUCUGUCUACGCGCUCCCUGGAACAUUGUGCUAGGUCCCCUCCUCUGAUGGGGGGCCACACUGGACUGAAUCAGGCUUCUGGACUCCCAAAGUUAGUCCCACGCACUCCAGGGUCUUGAGUGUGUCUGAGCUCCACACCAGCUGUGGUGGAGCUGGAGUACUCAAUUGGUGCCAAACCAUUGGCUUCCAUAGGCAGAAGAGCCCUGGAGUGAGAAGCCCUGGGUUUCAAACUGAUGCUCCCUGUUACUAGCUACACCACCAUGGGCAAAUUCUCCUGAGCCUCUGUUUCCACAUCUGUAAAAUGGGUGAUGAACCUGCCUCACAGGGCUGUCGUGAGGGUUACCUGGCAUGUUACAGGUGCUUAGUACAUGCUGGAUUCCUCUCUUCCUUUACUAAAGGCCUGCUCUGUGCUCACACCUGGCAGGACCCUGCUCCGAAGGAGGCUGGAGAGAGAGCCUUGUCCUCAGGGAAUUAAUUGUCUUACUGGGAGACAUCACUUACCCUACUUGGAACACCCUGGAAACCAUCUGAGGCAGUGGAGGGUAUAGAACAUGCCCCUCGCCACCUGCAGCUCAGGCCGGAUCUGCUCAGAGCACUUGGGCCACGGUUGGCUGUGUGGCAUGAGUCUUUUACACAUCUCUGGGUACACGAACUCCUGGUGACCUUUGGGUCCUGAGUACCGAGCACAAAGGGAGACGGCAUUCCAUCAGGAGACAGGUGCUGGGGUGACGCUAAGACUACACUGGGUAGAUGCUAGUUUUUAAUUGUUAUUAAGAUAAGGGAUUAAAUUAAUUUAAGUCAGAUUCUGAGGUCUACAGAACUUUCAAUUCUAUGCUUUCUCGAUAUGCAACUGGUAAAAUGCAAAUUAAGCUGCGGCUAUUGUUGUUAGUCUGGUUAAGAUGCUGAAUGUUUGUGACAGAUAAUUUCAAAAUUACAACUGAGUCCUUCAGGAAAGCUCCUGUCUCUAACACACUCUCUCUUUUCUAGCCAUCUGUUUCUUCUAUAUCAUGGGGUCCCUCAAGUGCUCCCAUCAAUCAAAUAAGCUAUUGCUACAGGUUUGGGGUUAAGGCAUCCAUCUCAAAUGUCUGCAAAAGGCCUAAACCAAUUCUGAAUUACCAAAUGAUUAUGUAAAAGUUUUAAAUAAAUAUUUUUUAGAAAA